UUCAUGUCUCGGCGGAAGCCGACGCUGACGACGAGUUCCCCAAAUCACGAGAGGAGGCUAUGACCGAUAUCGCAGCUAUCAGAGCAGAACUCGAAACGUUCGCCAAAAGCACAAUGGUGCAAAACAUCAUAAUAAAAUUUUAUUCUCGAACUUUUCCUAAAUGCCGAUGACAACGACUAUGGUGACAGACGCCCCCAAACUCCUCAUGGAAUAUGACCCGCUACAUCGCCGUCUGCUAGUUGCACAGAACGAGUUGGGCUUCAAGAAAAAGCACGCCAAGGCAAUAUGCAGCAUGGCCGAGAGCUCAAAGGCCAACAGUCGUGGAAGGAAGGGCAACGGCCGAAGGCAUAGCGGAGAGAAGGGGCUUGGUUUCAAGUCGGUGUUUGCGCUGGCUUCAACCGUCUGGAUCCGCUCUGGCUAUUACUCAUUCCGCUUCAACCGGGAUGAGCCACUUGGGCGGGUCAGACCGACCUGGAUCGAUGACUUCCCAGUGCGUAUUGUCGACGUGUUCACGGCCAUUCUUUUGGAGAUCGAGAGCGACAGCAAGGAUGGCAAUGUCAUCGACGGGACAAAACCGUCAUCCGUACCUUGAAGACAUUAGAGCCGGCCCACCUCUUGUUUCUCGACCAGAUCAAGGAGAUCGGCAUCAGAAUCAUCACCAAGCCGACGCUCUGGCAGACAACCAUCAGGG